AUGCUGAAGCUGGACUUGACCGACGCCCCCUUCGGCUUCGACUCGCCCUCUUUUUUCCACCUCGACACCACCACCGGUUCCCAGACGCCCUUCUCUUUUGGCCUCGAUCCCUGGACCCUAGCCUACGUCGUCGUGCCGAUCAUCGCUUUUACACCGAUCGCGACCUACAUCAUGUUUCCUCUGCUGAUGAAAGGCAUUGGUUCCCUGCUGGGAUGGUACCUACGAAAAAAGACAGAGGGAAGGAGAGCACAGCUUCUGGAGCUCAAGACUGCUGAGCAACAGUCAUUCAAGAACACCCAAAAGAGCUCCAGCAGCGGGAAGAACAAUGUGCAGGCACAAGCUUCCGGAAGCUCCGAAAAGAAGGACUCAGAAUGGACCGGGGUCGUUGGGUUCUUCCACCCUUUCUGUAACGCUGGCGGAGGAGGAGAGCGAGUCCUUUGGGCUGCGAUCAAGACCACUCAGGAGAGAUACCCUAAUGCACUCUGUGUUGUGUACACUGGCGACCAUGAAGUGAACAAGCAGGCCAUGCUCGAGCGCGUCAAGACCCGGUUCAACAUCGACCUGCAUCCCCCGACCAUCAACUUCCUCUACGUCAGCACAAGACACCUCGUUCUGGCCUCGACAUGGCCUCACUUCACCCUCCUUGGACAAUCGAUUGGAUCUGUAGUGUUGGCAUGGGAUGCCUUCCAGCUCCUUAACCCUGACAUCUUCAUUGAUACUAUGGGCUAUGCCUUCUCCCUGGGUUUGUGCAAGUUGCUCUUUCGCAGAGUUCCUACUUGUGCCUAUGUUCACUACCCGACAAUUUCGACUGAUAUGCUGGAAUCACUGGACCCCAAGGCCGAGACUGGAAGUCAGGGCGUCAACGCCGGCAAAGGCGUUGGUAUCCGAGGCAAGGUCAAGAAGUUCUACUGGAAGAUGUUUGCGGCCUUGUACUCCCGGGUUGGAUCUACUGUUGACAUUGUCAUGACAAACUCGACCUGGACCCAAGGUCAUGUCCAGAAACUCUGGGGCCCCUACCGCCAGGCCAAGGGAAGGAACAACCCUAUCGCUGUCAACUUCCCACCCUGCGCUGUCGAGGAGCUUGAAGAGGCAGUAGAGGUAUCCGAGGCCAGUGAGCGGAAGCGAGAGCAGGCUUUGGUCUACAUUGCUCAGUUCCGCCCCGAGAAGAACCAUACCCUGGUCAUUCAAGCUUUCGCCGACUUCCUGAACACCAAGUCCGAAGCCGCCAAGGAGGCGAAGUUGGUCCUCAUUGGUAGUGUCAGAGACGACCACGACUCCAAGCGGGUGUAUACGUUGCGCCUCUUGGUGAAUGAGCUCGGCAUCAAAGACCGUGUCGAGUUUCAUUUGGACGCUUCGUGGCCUGAAAUUCUGGACUGGCUGCAGAGGGCCUCCGUCGGUGUCAAUGGCAUGUGGAACGAGCACUUUGGCAUUGGUGUCGUCGAGUACCAAGCCGCCGGUCUGAUUUCCGUUGUCCACGCCAGCGGUGGUCCCAAGCUGGAUAUCGUUAUUGAAAUCGACGGCCAGCCCACUGGUUUCCACGCUACGAAUGUCAAGGAGUUCGCCGAGGGCUACGAAAAGGCCCUCUCCAUCAAGGAUCCGCUCCCUGUUCGCCUCCGCGCACGCCGGUCGGCCAAGCGCUUCACCGAGAGCGAGUUUGACGAGAAGUGGAUCGCCCAGAUGGAGAAGUUGGUGGCCAUGACGCCCUAG